ACCCUGCUGCCAGUAACAGUAAAUAUUGGACCAUUCCGCAUAAUAGAACGAAUCGUCGCGCCAGGCCACUCAACCUACGACCGCCGACCAACUACUUACGACAUCACACGCACACAGACCUGGAAUUUUAUAAAAUUAGGUUUAUUCACUUCGUCAAACUUCUAGAACACGACGUCUUCAUGUCUCAAUGAACAAUGGUUACGAGAACUUUGCAGAGAGUCGACUCUUUUUCCUCCCGCUCCUCUACAGAAGGCAGCUCUCUGUUCUCCUAACACCCGUUCAAGAUGCAGACGGUUCCAAGUCUUAUUGGAGCUGGUACUGCGGUCGCCGCGGCGGCAACGGGGCUAGUCUUUGGUGAAUUGCCAGAUGGACAACCCACACUGCACCCAGACUCUAGCAAGAGAAAGUCGAUAAUAUCUGAUAGAGACUUUCUCAGUGUAUUCUCAUCACGACCUGGAACAACGAACUCGACUGCCACCGCUCCGCCGAAGAACGACUUUGUUCAAGACUCGAACCAACAAUCCUCUUCUUCUAAUGCGACGGCCCGACCGCGAAUUCCUCGACGACCUUCCCAUAUCCAUAUAACACCACCGAAAUCUUCAGGAGCACGGCACUCUGCUGCUAAACAAGGCGAAUUUUCACCUGCUACCCCCAUCGCCGAAGACACGCGUGAUUCCCUUUCUUCGAGUAGUUCGUGGAUACGAAGAUUAUCUAUACGACCGCUAUCCCAGCACGAGAGUAUAAGGUCAAGUGUGGGUCCAGAUUCGCCUUCCAUCACCUUUUCCCACGGGUCCGCUGCGCCAAUCCUCUCGCCUGGAGGGCAUCCACCUGCACAACUACCUCCAAAUAAAUUGGUGAAACGCGCAUCCGCCGUCAACGGAAGCAACACCGGCCCUUUAGCUCGACGAGGUUCAAAGGCUCAGAUGACAUUACGCAGACCAGCUACGAGCCACCAGCGGUCUGCUACAUUAAAUCAGCAGAUUAAUCCCGAAGAGUUACCACCUUUGACAAAGAUCUCGUUUGACCAACAUAGUCGGCCUAGAGCGCAGACUCUAGCUAGUCCAACCGAGUCGGAAUUCCCUGUUUCCAGCAGGAAGUCGUCACCGUGGAAGUCGUUUUGGCAUUCUCGUUUAUCUCGAACCACCGUUAAAUCCUCACCGCUGAGGUCCAACGAGACAACUGCUCUACCUGGUGCUAAGCGGAUCUGUGUAGAGCAGCAAGGUCGCCGAAGAGCCUUCUUAGUGGCGCCGAGUCUUCUUAUGGGUACCUCUAUUCUAGAGGUGCCGGAUGACAUCCCACAUGAACCAGAGAGUCAGUCUAACACUGAAGCUAGUCCUCAAACCUCAGACAAGUCCUCGACAUCCCCUGAAGCUACGCCUUCUAAACAACCCCGACGGUCUAUUUCGAUGCAUUUCAGCUCACCCUCGAACUGGGUAUCAAAAACCGGAAGUCUCCGACGUCGUAAGCGCAGUGAGACCAUGGGUGGAUCGAAAAGGCAUGUAUCGGCUCCGGCCACGACGGGUGCUGAAUCGAUGCCUGGUCCUGACAUAACCGGUCACGAGGAAACCUCGAACGAUACUGGUGGUCUAGAUACUACCGAGGCGGAGUCUGAUGCAUUAGUUCGACCUCCUACUCGCCCACGAAAUGUCUCGUCUCCUUUGCCGCCUAUCUCGAGGCUCUCGAGUUUUCAUAUUGAUUUAAACAAGAUCGGGUCGUUGACAGCGGGACAUUAUGCCCCAUCUGAGAUAUCCACGGCUAAUUCUGCAACUGGCCCAAGAGUAGUUUCGAAUGCGUCGCAAGCCCGGACGCUCGAUCGUACCUCGACAACUGCUAGUUCGGAGUAUCACCGUGGAUUUACUUCUGGUGAUGAUGAUGACACCGACUUUAAGACGGAUACUCCGUUUGAUUCGAUACGAACAGCAGCAUCAGGACGUAGGAAGACUCUCGACAGCCCAUUAGAGUCGAUGUUCGACGAAUCUCCACCGAGUACUGCAGGUAACAAUAGCAAGCCGAAACGUCUGUCAAUACAAGAGAUUUUAGGACCAACGUUUAAUGAUGGAAACAAGAUUAUGGAGGAAGAUGAGAAUUUAGCCACUCCUAUCCGAGGAGCGUAUGUGCAAACUGGGGCACGGUUCCGGACGGCGAAUAUUGGAGACGAGGAUGGCUUCGAUUCUAAUCCAGCAUCUCCUAAUUUCACCACGCAAAGAGAUGAGACUCGUUUUUCGUUCGACGACGACGACGACGAUCUCGACUGGGACAAUGAAGAAGAGAACGGGAUAUGUAAUCAUUUGUCUCCCCCUAGCUCCAUGAACUCGCGAAAAGGUAGCCCUAAUUCUCAAGCGGCACUGGGGUAUAGCAAUGGGAAUGCGAAGCCCAACAUGAGAGCCAACGCGCGUAUUGACCCUGCUAGGGAACGACCCCGAAGCACCGUUUUUGACUGGACAGAAUCUGUUGCCCACGAGAAGCAUGAUACUAAUGGUAAUCAUGCACGACCAAAGACGGUCCAUGGCAAGCAGGAAAUGGAUGUGCGGGGUGGGCGCUCUGCGAGUCGUAAAGGACCUACGCCCGCACAUGUGAGAAGCCAGAGUGUUCCUGUUGUUCCAGAUCAAUCCGAGGCUACUACACCUACUCCGAAGUUUGGAACAUGGGGGCUUGGCCAGAAGAAUGCGAGUGAGGAUUGGGAUGAUGAUUUUGAAUUUGAGGAAGAGGAGAAUUUUGGACUACUCUCUGGGAAUCAUGAGGAAUCCCGAUUUUCGAUGGUCGUCCCUGCGUCAAUCCAAGCAACCCAACCUACGAUUCGAGCCCACUCUGGCCAGAUACGAGAGCUGUCACUUCUGGUUAAUGAUCUCAAGCGACUGUGUCGGCUCGGUCGUGAGAUGGAUAUGCUUGGUGGAUCAUCUUCUAAGCUUUGGCGGGAGGCUGAGGGUAUUAUUGCUCUAGCCUCGCCCGACGAAGAUCCCACUGAGGUCGUCGACUCUAGGCAUAAUUCGGAGAACGAUCUUGUUGAUGAGCGAUUCAUUGAUCAAGGGUUUAACGGAGCUAAUCUUGACGAUCAUGGAUCUCCUAGGGUAACGGAAAGCCAACGAAAUGCUGUCGUCCGUGACCGUCCGGUUGGUCGACGCCGGUCUGUCUUCGCACCCGAUGACGACAUAUUCGGCACGUGGGAUCAAACAGAUGAAGAGCAGCUUCCCGAUCCGCCAAAGACCCCGGAGAAUCGGGCUGGUAAACCGGAAUUUGGCUCAACCAGUGUUGCUAGAUCUGUCAUGGAAGCUAUGCAUUCGCGCCAGGUCAAGCUUAACGCUCACCAUGAGGAUAAUGAGCCGCCUGGAAAGCUCAAUUUUGACACAAACAGCUUGAAGGAGUUGGUUAAGAGAGCCAGUGACUUGAGAGACGGUCUAUCGGACCUCGUUCGCAAAGCGGACCAUCUCACACAGAGCCCGGUACGAACUCCGAAACACACGAGGGCUGACGGUAGCCCUGCAUUUACGCGAGUAUUUGAUGAGCCGACGUCGACGUCAAGCCCUACCAGACGACUGCCUAAUAGCCACAGUAACACCUCUGUUAUAAGUAAUGGCUCUGUUGGUGCAUCCCCGUCUAAUGGGAUCAGUCAGCGUAUGCAGAUGAUGACUGUUAGCUGAAGACUGCGCACCCGUCGCUCAUGAACCCCCUUCACCUCGCAUCGAAUUAAACCCCAAUUCUGGUGGGAGCUAUGUAUAUGUACAAACGUUUGUCUAAUAAGCAUAGCGCAGGGUCGGUUUUCAGUUUUUCUUUUAUUCCAGGACUCGCAUACGGAGGGAAAUCCACUCUUACGUCUAAUUAUGUUGAGCGAACGCCGAAGGAAACCCCUGUCAGGUUGAUAUCUAAUUGUCGACCUGAGUACAAACCUAAUACGAUACUUUUCCAGUCCAUGCUACCAUCAGCAACGUCUGGACACACCACGAUGUCUAUUAUUUGCAGGAGCAUUAAUGCUUACCCAUACUCUUCUACUACGACUCCGAACACCUUGACGUACGAACGUCCAUGGAUGAUGAUACACUACCUCUAUAGAAUCACGGAGUAUUACGAAUACGAAUAACGAACUUUGCAUGCUUGGUCCAUGCCUGCACGACUCCAUGGCCUUAUCGGACCCAGAGCAAGAAAUGGAUCCGAAGGGUUCUUAAUUUUUACGCAUAUAUGGGGAUCACGAGUGGAGGC